UUGUGUUUACUGCAGGAUCCCUCCUCCUCCUCCUCUUCCUCCCUCCGCCUGGAUGGGAAAACGCAGCAGCGAUGGGUCACACAUAACGCGUGAUCGCGCAGCACAGAGCGUGAGGACCAGCAUCCCAGUUCCUCCCAGUCUGUCCCAGUCUGUCCCAGUCUGUCCCAGUCCGGCCAGCUGGAGGAAUCAUUUCCUACUGGAUCUGUUUUUUUUCUGCCUUCAGAAGGAGCCAGAGGAGAAGUGACCCGGGCUGUUUCUGUGUGAGGCAACAUGUGAACCGAGCGGAGAGUUUGAGAAACUUCUGACUCCGUCUGGACAUGAGCAACAUGAAGCUGCCUCUUCGUCGCCAAGGCCACCACAACGGCAGCGCCUUCCCGCUCUCCUCUUCCUCCUCCUCUUCGUCGUCUCCAGAGUCGCUGCGGAGUCCGAGCGGCCGGACCGAGAGCCUGCUGGCGGCGACCACGACGACCGCAGUGAUGCCCGCCCACCUGCAGGAGCUGGUGCUGUCCAGGUGGGCUCCUGAAGAGGAGGAGGAGGAGGAGGAGGAGCAGGAGGAGGAAGAGGAGGAGGAAGGGCGGCUCCAGACCGACGCCUCCGCCUCGCUCUACCUGGAUGCCAGCAGCGCCGGGUUCCACCUGGACGGUUACCAGGGCAACGGCAGCUGCUACGCCGCCGACUCGGACGCGACGGAGAUCCCAGCUGAUGAUGAGGAAGACGAGGAAGACGAGGCGCUGUUUGUGUCUGUGAGCUCAGACGUGUGUGUGACGCUGAGCCAGGCGAGUCCAGCUGGGCCCGGCGCCGGACCGGACCCGCAGGACGGGGGAUCGGACCCGUUGAGGGCAGCGGGACCGCCGCGGGGGCGACCCGGACGGUCCCGCUGCCUCCCAGAACCUCAGCAGAACCUCAGACCUCCAGCAGUCCAGUCGGAGGCGCCGCUCCACCUCGGGUCGUCCACGUGACCCGAACCGGGCCGAGCGGCGCUGCCAGAACCUCCAGCCUGGAGACAAAGGGAACCCAGAACCCGUCUCCAUCCAGAACACCUGCUCAGCAGAACCGACCAGAACCCAGCAGGAGAGCCGAAGUGGCCGGCAGUAGAAAACCGACUCCAGGUCCGAUUAAAGUGGCCCGGCUCCUCCGGCCCAGCAGGGGGAAAGGUGCGGCUUCCCGGGCCGACCACCAGGGGGCGGCGGCCUCGCCGUCUGCACCACCAGAGAAGAAGAAAGCAGCGGAGAGCCGAGCCGCGUCCAGCAGCUCUGUUGGUUCUGAUCCGGUCAGAGACGCUGCAACACAGACUGCUCAGGA